CGCCUCUCAGCCUGAUGACAUCACCCAGUCGGUCACACACAGUCGGACAGCCGCGCGCUUCGGAGGAACUAGUUAUUGGAGUAACAAGAGCGCGGCAGCACUUCAUUACAUCCAGAGCACCAGCUGAGGGGGAAAUAUUCACCUGUGCGCUGCCGGGACGAAUUCACAAGGAUUUUCAUUCAUUUUGAGCAGACUCCGUCUUAAAGGCGCAGCGAGGGACGUUUGAAACAAGAGACUCUGUCGGACUCCUGCUCUGUCCUGAAGACAAACAAGUUUAUUUAGCCUUUUGCGCAAUUUUCUUUUUUUUUGACAAUUCCAGAGAGACUGCGUGCCUGGUUUCACUAAGGGGACCGUAAUCGACCAUGGCGAGACGUGACGCCCGAAAUUGGCACGACUGCUCCAAAAUGAUCGGACUGCUCUGCUUGGUCGCGUCGAUACUUAUUCAACACGGAGUGUCGGGUCAGCGGGUGAAGGUGGAGCCAGAGGUGUUGUCGUAUCCUGGUCAGACUGUCAACCUGCGCUGCGCCUUCACUGAUGCCACUGGGAUUCAGCUCACUAUGAUCACGUGGAUCUACGAGCCAAAGGAAGGAGAGAGGAUCAACAUCGCUGUGUUUCACCCCAACUUUGAUCCCAGCUACCCAACUAACUCGCCCGUGAAGGGCAGAGUCCGCUUCACGCCCACUCCUCCAAACCUGGCCAGCCCCUCCAUCGAGAUAAGCAAUGUUAGGAUGACAGAUGAGGGGAAGUACAUCUGCGAGUAUGCUACCUACCCCAGUGGCAACGAGCAAGGCAUCACGCACCUGGUCAUGCUGGCUAAACCGCAGAACUCGGCCUCCAUCGUAUCAGUGGUAGCAGGCACUAAGCCAGUCGUUGUGGCGCGCUGCGAGUCUGCUGAUGGCCGCCCCGCUGCCGAGAUCUCCUGGGUGACCGCAGCCAGCGGCAAUGCGACAACGGUGUCCAAGACGGGUACCGACGACAUGGUGACCAUGAGUAGCGAGUACCGCAUGGUUCCCACACCAGCAGACAAUGGGAAAGACCUCAGCUGCGUGGUGAUGCACAGGACCCAGGUCAAACCAGAGAGCUUCCCGUUGAAGCUAGCAGUUCAGUACCCCCCUCAGGUGAAAAUCAUAGGUUAUGACAAUAAUUGGUAUGUUGGUCGUACCAAUGUCGUGCUCACCUGCGAGGCUACCGGAAACCCUGCUCCAGUGACCACCCAGUGGAAGACGAUGUCAGGAGAGAAGCCAGACACGGUUGUGAUCACAGAAAAUGUGCUGAAGGUGCUGAAGGUGGACGAUGCGGUCAACACCACUUUUGUCUGCGAGGUGAAGAACCGGAUCGGGACCGGCAGGGACCAGGUCACGGUCAUUGUCAGAGAGCCCUCAGUGAACCCAUCCAAUGCCGGCGUGGUGGCGGGAGCUGUGAUUGGCUCCCUGCUGGCCCUCCUUUUGGUCGCUGCUCUGAUCGCCGUGCUUGUCACCCGUAGCCGCAGGCAACAGCAGGGUUACCGCGCCAAUGACGGCAGUGACAUGAAGACACGCAUAUUUGGCGCCGGCAAGAAGGCCAGCAAGAACGGCACGGGCGGAGGCGCAAGCAGCGGCAUCGGAGGCGGCAACAACAACGGCCCCGUCUACGUUUACAACGAGAGCUCAUCCCACCAGGGCCUCGGAGAGAAAAACAACCACCACCAGCCUCUCACCAUCGGGGGCCGGCCUGAAGUUGUUGCCACUGCACCCACCGCCCAAGAUAUCCUGCUAAGCAAUGAAUUGGAUGACGUAGAAAGGAGGAAGUUUGAUGAGCUGGAGGCGGAGGAGAGGUAUGACCACUUCACUGGAGGGGCCCCCAUCCUUCAGCUUCGCCCACCCCAUGACCAGGAUGAUAUGAUUGGAGAUUACAUGGAUGAUGACAUGGAGUCCCAGCGGGAUGGCUCUGUCAUCUCACGGACUGCUGUUUACGUAUAGAGAAGGAGAGGAGGAAAGGAGGAGGAGGAGGAGGAGAAGAAAAAGGAGGGAUGGAGGAUUCCUCCUGAGGAUUUUUUGGCUCCAGGGUCUCAUUCCUGUCUGAGUAGAGAAGAGAAAAUAUUACCACUUUUAUUUUUGAAAAUUAAUUUGAAACAUAGCCCAUUAUUAAUCACAGUGCAGCCCCAGAAUAAACUGAAUGAACAGGAGGGUGUGGAGGGGUAUUCUGAAAACAGCAUUGCUGUUAUCUGGUCCAUACGAACUGGAAAUCAAACGGAGAAAAGAAACAAUUUGUCUCACACUGCUUCUGCUCAUGCUAUCGCUAUCACUGGUACCUUGACAAGGACUCUUGACAGACAGACUAAAGCGUAGAAACCGUGUAGUGUGGGAGUAGAAUAAUGGAAUCAUGAUACAAGCUUGGCUAUAAAGGCGGCAACUCGCUUGCAUAUUCACUCUUAUCUUCACCAAAACUGUAGAAGUGGAAGGGGUUGUCGAGCAAUUACGGGUUGCCUGCUAUCUCCUGUGGGAAACCCUUUGCUUUGGUAAGGCAAUGGGCUGUGACAGCUACUGGGUAGUUGGUAGCUAGUGAUGGGUUGGGAGGAAGGUUUUAAAGGUAUAGACUGUAGCCAUCGGGUGAUUUAGAGAAGAGAACAAAGUAUUUGCUCCACUCUACUGGUGAGCUUUCAUUUCCACUCUCUCUGCCUUCCUCUCAAACUUCUCUGCAAACUAUCAGCAACAGUAGACACGCUUGACUUAACAACAUUUAAAAAAGAACAUUAAGUCCUUCUGUGCUGCACAAAUAGCAGAGCAUCAGAAUUCAACAAAGUAAGUUUGCACAGAGUUUGAGCUAAGCUCUCAACAAGGUAUUCACAAGCAAACUUUUGUCCUGUGCCUGGAGGUAAGAGAUGAGGGAGUGAGGUGUAGUCGAUCUGACAGGGACAUGGGAGGGAGAGAGGGAUGCGGGAGGCAGGAAGACUAGAGAGGAGCAUGUCUGUUCUUUUCGCUUCCUCCUCAUCCUCGUCUCUUCGGAGCGCUCCUGACAGGAGGAGCUUGAUUGGUAAUGAGCCGUGAAGUCGCUCGCUUAGCUGGGACCAACAGAUUGCCACCACUUAUCGUUUAUGACGUGGCGAUUGCUCCCACCGUCAUCUCUCUAUCAUUCCUCUGUCUCGCGCUCUCUCUCUCUUCAUCCUUCUCUCCCAGUGUUUAUGGGAGUUUAUUAUUUAUCCAGUAGUGUCGAGGUCAGGGCCACAGAGAGCAGUGGGGUAUUUUACUGCUCCCGAUGUGUCAAAGGCCCUACUUACUCUAUUCCAUACUUACUCUAUUCCAGCUAUGCCUGCCCUGACAUGCUAGGACCGACUAAUCCACCUGCAGUGACCAUGUUCACUCCACCGCAUGGACGCUACCGUCUCCUCCCACACUUUAGUAAAUGGCCGGAUGUAACAUAAUCCCACCCCCAAGUGAAGCCGCAACAGGUUAGAUUUUCAAUGAGAUACAUGUCGUAUUUCUUUCCGUUAGCGGACAGUGUUAAAUGCAGGGAAUUGAUCGGGUCACAUAAAAGGUUGCGUCCACAGCGAAGCUUCAGGAGUCAUAUUGACUAACGGGCAACAAGCAGUGAAAUGGCCCUUUUAUGAUGCAGCUUAAAGGCUGAUUGUCUCCUGACUGUUAAUUUAUCCUUCUAACGAGCCACCGGAGGCCCGCUCAGGCCAAUAUUACUGCGUGGCUACUGCACGCUGCUGUCCUUGAGGCGGAGUCUGUACAUUUGCAUGCAUGCAUUGUAUCUAUAUAGACACUGGGUGACUGUGAUGGACAAUCUAUGAGAGAAGUCCUACUGUAGCUCCUCUAAUCAUGCUUUUCCUGGCCUUCUAAUCAACUCCCCCCUUUACCCACUGGGAAUUGUUUGAGUACAGCUCUCGAUGACUGUACUGCCCUCUUGUAAGACCCGGCAGAGAUCUGGGUUGCAGUUUGCUGCAGGUCAUGAGGUCAAAUGCAGGGUGACCCUUGCCAAGAGCAAGGGUGACUGUACUUGCCUGCAUUUCCUAUCAUAGCUGUUUUUAACCUUGAGCUAUAGAGGUGAGAAACACUCUCAUACAGAACAAGUAUCUGUAUCGGGCGAGGCAGUGCUAGUUUGCCAUUGUGAUGGCUUUUAACCUUUUAGAGAGGCGGAGAGAGCAAAUAGAGAAACACAGGAGGCGGCUUUCAGUGUUUGAGCACCGUCUAGCAUAUUGUAAGCCAGUGUGUUCAAUAGCAUUAGUGUCUAAUGGCCUUAGCUUAUACAUAAAUGCAACUCCUGUCAACCUGGGGUACAGUAAAUUUACUGAACACAGCUAAUUUGUCACAACCACUCAAAAUGCAAAAAAAAAAUGAAUUUACUUACUUUUGCACUUGCGUGUCACCGCAACGAA